CGGCAUAUUCUGAGGAUGUGACCUAUAUCUCGCUGUGAUGUUUACACUUUGUUACAGUUCUUUGUCUCAGCCAGCAUAACAAGUCAGGAUGUCUGGGACAUAGAGAAAUACGUAUUUUUCUGUUUUUCUUUAUGUGUAAAGAAACCUAUUUUUAUCAUAACAUUUUUGGACCAAGAAUUUUCGGAACAACAUUUUCUUCAACUUUAUUUUUUUAUUUUUCCACGACUCCAAAUAGCCGAGGCGGCUCACACGGAACAUUUUGGAUAAGGUAUCUGGUCGGUCUAUAGGGCAGCAGCCAUGGUGUUGAUCCUGGGCAGACGGCUCAACAGGGAGGACUCUGGGACCAGGGACUCCCCCGCCGUCAAACGAAAGGUGUUCGAAGUGGACUCCAAAACCCUGACCGGUAAUGAGGUUCUGGACUUCUCCUCCGGCUCCUCCCACUCGGAGGCCAUCUUGCAGGUGUUCAACGAGUUCCGCGACAGCCGCCUCUUCACCGACGUGGUCAUCAGCGUGCAGGGCCGCGAGUUCCCCUGCCACCGUGCUGUGCUUUCUGCCUGUUCCUCCUACUUCCGUGCCAUGUUCUGCAAUGACCACCGCGAGUCGCGUGAGAUGCUGGUGGAGAUCAACGGCAUCCUGGCCGAGGCCAUGGACUCCUUCCUCAGCUACGUCUACACGGGCCGCGCCAAGAUCACCACCGACAACGUGCAGUUCCUCUUCGAGACCUCCAGCCUCUUCCAGAUCUCCACGCUCCGCGAUGCCUGCGCCAAGUUCCUCGAAGACCAGCUUGACCCUUGCAACUGCUUGGGCAUCCAACGCUUCGCCGACGCCCACGCUCUGAAACAGCUGGCCAGCCGUUGCCGCUCGUACGCCCUGGCCAACUUCCCUGACGUGGCCCAACACGAGGAGUUCCUGGACCUGAGGAGGGACGAGCUGGAGGAGUACAUCUGCAGUGACGAACUGGCCAUCGGGAAGGAGGAGGUGGUGUUUGAGGCGGUAAUGCGCUGGGUGUACCACAGUGUGGAGCCCCGGAGGCCCGUGCUUAAGGACCUGCUGCACCACGUCCGCCUGCCCCUGCUGCACCCCAACUACUUUGUCCAGACAGUGGAAGGAGACCAGAUCAUCCAGACGGCGCCAGAGUGCUACCAGCUCCUCCACGAGGCCCGGCGGUACCACGUACUGGGCAACGAGAUGAUGUCCCCCAGGACCCGCCCACGCAGGUCGACUGGCUACUCAGAGGUGAUUGUGGUGGUGGGGGGCUGUGAGAGGGUGGGAGGGUUCAACCUGCCCUACACAGAGUGUUACGACCCUGUGACAGGAGAGUGGAAGGCCCUAGCCAAGCUCCCAGAGUUCACCAAGUCAGAGUAUGCCGUCUGUGCCCUGCGUAACGACAUCCUGGUCUCAGGGGGUCGUAUCAAUGGCAGAGACGUGUGGAUGUACAACUCCCAGCUCAACCUGUGGAUCAGAGUGGCUUCACUCAACAAGGGACGCUGGAGACACAAGAUGGGCGUCCUACUGGGGAAGGUCUAUGCAGUGGGAGGGUAUGACGGUCAGAGUCGUCUGAGCAGUGUGGAGUGCUAUGACUCCUUCUCUAACCGCUGGACAGAGGUGGCUCCCAUGAAGGAGGCAGUCAGUUCCCCGGCCGUGUCCAGCUGUGCUGGGAAACUCUUUGUCAUCGGCGGAGGGCCGGACGACAACACUUGCUCUGACAAGGUCCAGUGCUACGACCCAGAGGCAGACACCUGGGCACUAAGGGCAAGCAUCCCCAUCGCGAAGCGCUGCAUCACGGCAGUCUCCCUGAACAACCUGAUCUAUGUGUCAGGAGGUCUCACCAAGUCCAUUUUCUGCUACGACCCUGCAGAGGACUACUGGAUGCACGUGGUGCACACCUUCAGCAAACAGGAGAGCUGUGUAAUGUGGAAGAUCUUCAUCCUGGGUGGGCGGGGUGAGAACGGCGAGGCCUCAGACACCAUCCUGUGUUACGACCCGGCAACAGGCAUCAUCACCGGGGUGGCCGCCAUGCCUCGCCCCAUCUCCUACCACGGCUGUGUCACCAUCCACCGUUACAACGAGAAGUUCCUCCACCGGCCCUGACCCCACACACACACAGAAACACACAGGCGUAUGCAUAAUCACGCUUUCAGAUAUCCUGAAAAAAAUAUGUAUUGAGACACACUCUCUUUAAAAAUGCUGCAAACAGACAUGCACGCAUAAUCACCCCACUCACACACACACAUUCUUUAUUCAUCUCAAGAAGCAACUUGUUUAGAAAUUCAGACCACCUACAGCCCCAGUUUCUGAUUAAAGUAUUCACUCAUUGGCCUAUGUAGCAACUCUCUCUGUGGUUGGUAUCAUGGAAUUCCUGCUAUGCUACUGCAGAUCCAUCUCUGUCUGUUGUUGUUUUCUGGAGAACCAAAUCACAGACCGUCUGUGUAGGCUGUGGGCAUUCCUGGGCCAGUAGCAGCUCCUCAGCUGCUCUUCCUAAGAACCAGAGAUUCUGGUCUUUGAUUGUAAACAAAGUGUUGCUUUUUCGAGAUGAUGUAUGUUGUCAGGUGCUGACAGGGAAUAGUGAUAGUAAUCAAGAACAAAGCACUGAUUCAGACUUGAGAGAAAUGCAUUGGAACCUGGCUCUGAUUGACCUGGGGGUGGUACAGGAAGGGUUUUAAAAGGCAAAAAGUUAUACUCAUCACUCCAUUGGCUGUAUUCCAACUGUCUUAAAAUGGCCUUAAAAUCACUUGAUAGUAUCAUGGAAACUUGUAACAGUACAUGCAUCAUGGAAUGUAUGGGAGUCCUUUUACCUGGAAGCCCAGAGGGUAAGGAUGGAAGCUAGAGGUUAAGAAUGUGGUCAAACUGAGUUUCAUGACUUCAAUUUGAUUUGCAGUUAAGCAGUGAUUGUUCUGUAUAAUUAUACAGUUCCAGUCAACAGUUUGGACACACCUGCUCAUUCAAGAGUUGUUCUUUAUUUUUUACUAUUUUCUACAUUGUAGAAUACUAGUGAAGACAUCAAAACUAUGAAAUAACACAUAUGGAAUCAUGUAGUAACCAAAAAAAAGUGUUAAACAAAUCAAAAUAUACUUUAGAUUCUUCAAAGUAGCCACCCUUUGCCUUGAUGACAGCUUUGUACACUCUUGGCAUUCUCUUAACCAACAUCAUGAAGUAGUCACCUGGAAUGCAUUUCAAUUAACAGGUGUGUUAAUUUGUAGAAUUUUAUCCUUCUUAAUGCAUUUGAGACAAUCAGUUGUGUUGUGACAAGGUAGGGGCGGUAUACAAAAUAUAGCCCUAUUUGCUAAAAGGCCCCAAAAAUAUAUUUUGAUUUCUGUAACACUUUUUUGGUUACUACAUGAUUCCAUAUGUGUUAUUUCAUAGUUUUGAUGUCUUCAUUAUUAUUCUACAGUGUAGACAAUAGUACAAAUUAAGUAAAACCCUGAAAUGAGUAGGUGUGCCCAAACUUUUGACUGGUACUGUAUAUAUUUUAAUAGCUGAUUGGAAAAACAGAGGCCAUGUCCAAAUAGUAUGAAAUGUCUUACUUCCAUUGUCAAAUUACAUGAUUGAAAGGAGGCAAGGAAAGGAGAGCAUUGGGACGCAGCCAGAACCUUUGCUGUUGUCUCUGCUCCUCUCUCCUCUCCUCCUGCUGUGGUCUGAACUAUGAAUCUGCUCUCUCCUAUUUCUAUUUCCUGUCAGAGCUUCCCUCUACUUCCUGUUUCCGUAUCAUCUCUUUUCUCCUCAUAUCCUACCUCUUACAUUUUUAUCAUCUUUCCCGGUCGCCCUCCCUUUAAUCUUUGGUCCACACAUACACUAUCGUUUAAAGGUUUGGGCUCACUUUGAAAUGUCCAUUAAAAUAACAUCAAAUUGAUCAGAAAUACAGUCUAGACAUUGUUAAUGUUGUAAAUGACUUUUGUUGCAGGAAACGGCAGCUUUUUAAUGGAAUAUCUACAUAGGCGUACAGAGGUCCAUUAUCAGCAACCAUCACUCCUUUGUUCCAAUGGCACGUUGUGUUAGCUCAUCCAAGUUUAUAAUUUAAAAAGGCUAGUUGAUCAUUAGAAAACCCUUUUGCAAUUAUGUUAGCACAGCUGAAAACAGUCGUUCUGAUUAAAGAAGCAAUAAAACUGGCCUUCUUUAAACUAGUUGAGUAUCUGGAGCAUCAGCAUUUGUGGGUUCGAUUACAGGCUCAAAAUGGCCAGAAACAAAACUUUCUUCUAAAACUCGUCAGUCUAUUCUUGUUCUGAGAAAUUAAGGCUAUUCCAUUUGAGAAAUUGCCAAGAAACUGAAGAUCUCGUACAACGCUGUGUACUACUUCCUUCACAGAACAACACAAACUGGCUCUAACCAGAAUAGAAAGAGGAGUGGGAGGCCCCGGUGCACAACUGAGCAAUAGGACAAGUACAGUAGAGUGUCUAGUUUGAGAAACAGACACUUCACAAGUCCUAAACUGGCAGCAUCAUUAAAUAGUACCUGCAAAAUACCAGUCUCAACAUCAACAGUGAAGAGGUGACUCCAGGAUGCUUGCCUUCUAGGCAGAGUUGCAAAGAAAAAUCCAUAUCUCAUUUCAUGUAUGUUUUCAUGGAAAACAAAGACCUAAGUGACCACAAACAUUUAAACGGUAGUGUACCUAUAUACACACAAAUAAACACACACACAUUCAUUUUUUUUAUUUUGGAAAUUAUUAAAUUAUAUUUAGUCUUUUUUUACCAUAGGAUAUUUGUACUGGUGUAGCUUUACCUGUGUGCUUGUUGCUCCAUGUGUUUGGAUAGUUGAUCUGGAUGUUGGGUGUGUGGGUGAUUUAGUCCAUUUCAGAUGUCUUUGUAUAUGAAGACUGUUCUGAAUGACUGGUACAGUAUAUCAUGUGACUUUUACCAUAUGUAAACCGCGUUGUGUCAUAAUAGACUGUUUGCUAUUGUGCCGCUUACCCAGUGGCCUUGCUUCAUGUUUGCAAAUUCUAUAGAACUCUGUGCCCUACGCAGACGGUGUCACCUCUCACCUGUAUACUCAUGUAAUGUACAGCUCAUGUACACAAGUGUAGCUCGGGGUAACCAUGGUGACCUCCAGGUGUGUGCCGUCUGCUCAUUUAAUACACUGACACCAGUGUAUUACCUCACACAGGAUAUGAUGGAUUGGCAGGUGUGACGGCAGAAAUGUCUUUGUGUUGAUUCUGGUCAGUAAAAGUCUCAUUUGACUUUUGGUGUCAUUAGAAUAGAUGUAUUGCUGUGAAUUGGGUCUUUUUAUUUACUCCAUUUUGAUUUAAAUGUAUCUGUUUUUGUUGAUUGUGUCUUUUUGUAUCCGAGAGCCCCAAUUGUGCACUUUCACCAUUAUAUGUAGAGUGAAAUUGAAAAUAUCACAAUGUAAAUAUGAUUUUAGAUUUUCUUUGUUUACUGUAUCAGUAAAUGUUCUUUGCUUUCAUGUGACGUAUGUGAGUAAAGUGAAUGGAGCCAGUCAGCAACUCCUACUGGUCUGUGCUGCUCUUUCUCUGAUUCCUCACAAAUAGCACAACUAUAACAUGUGAGAUGAAGAUCAACACAGGGAGAGAGAAUGGGGGAGGGGGGAUGCGCGCCGUUAUUGGGUAAUGGGUAAGGGACGGGUUUUGUUACUCAAUUAUGAUUUUACUAAAUAAAAUGUUAUCUAAAUUUAAACAAAAUAAGUGUAAGAUGCAAUAGAAUAAUAUUAGGAUAUAUCUGGAUCUGUUAAUCAAAGUGAAAUGACAUGCUUGUUGGCUUAAUCUACAUUCCAGACAUUCAUGUGGAUGGCUGAUUUGAUUUUUGUGUGAAAUUCACAGUGGUAAACCACCGGAAGCAAUAUUGGAUUAGAGGAAUGUUGGAAUUCUUCAGAACCCCUCAAGUGUAACCUCAUUCUCUCCCAGAAUUCCUAGCUCAGGGUUUUAACUCAGUGGCACACAACCAGAGGAGGCUGGCAGGCGAGAGAAAGAGUGUGUGAGUGCGUCUGUGACUUCAUUGAGUAUUUACCAUAACAGGACAAAACAACAUUGUCCUCGUGUCUUAUGUAUCACCAUGAUUUAUGUUUUUCAUUGUUAGCAGUGCAGAGGUUUUCUGAUCAUAUUCUUACUCUUUCUAUAGCUGUUAUUGCGGUGAGUGCUGGGAUAAGGGUUAGGAUUGUGUGUGAUGCUUGUUUAUGACAAUCUGUCCCAUGCAAAUGGUCUCUACUCUAUUUUGGAUGACUCUCAGUGGGCAAGGCCUGGACAGGGGAGAAGUGAUUGAUGGAUGUGAAUGCAGCGUUAGGCCUUAGGCUCAGAUCAAAUCCCUAAGGUGACGUUGUUUUGAAGGGGGCAGUACUGUCUGGAGAAUGCAGUCCUUUAUACCAUAAUGGAAUAAGCCAAUAUUGAAUUAAAGUAUGUAUGAUGUGUUGUUUGAAUCUUUUGUUCUUCUGUUUGUCGCUGAAAAGUAACUUGGACUGUCUGAGCUACAGUAUAUCAGACUGUAAUUGCUCACUUGUGUAAAUGAAGCAUCAAUAAAGUUAUUCUUUAUAAUGAA